AAUAUGAAUUUUCAGUUUCCCAAAAUACCCCAUUUGUCUCGUCUUCAAACACUUCUUUCUCUCUCUAAUUUUCUCUCAGUCAUGCUUUUAUGCCUUUGGUUCUUUGGGUAUAUUCCUUAGCUUUGAUUCUCUAUGUAACAGAAACAUGCCUUUGGUUUACGUUUUCAUUCCAAGUUCUCUUCUUCUAACUGCCAACAAUUUCUCUUGGGGAGUUUUCGUUAAGAAUGUUGCUUCACCUUUUUAUGGGAGAUAUCUUUCUUCUUCAUGAAUGCUAAUGGGGGUGUGUGGAUGGUUGUUGAAACUGGUACGUCUUCAUAGUAAAGAUGGUGAAGAUGAUGGUGGGCUGAUAUGCUAUUGACAGUUUAACUCAACUCUUUAUUUAAAUGGAAAUAGAUUCUAGACCCUGUUGAUUUCUCGAUUAUAAUAUGGACUAGAUGGAAUAAACUACCUAGGAGGCCAUGGCAGUUUGUUUGGCCUGUGCUAACUUCUUUAUAGGCAUUUGGAGAAUCUUUGGCUCUCGACAUAAUGUGGUGAAGGCAUAGUGUUAAGCAGCAGCCAUCAGCUGUGAUCUCUGAAUAGUAAAUUUCAAUAACUUAAAAAAUGUAUUUGUAGAUUGUUCUCAGUAUAUAAAGAGUAGUGGAGAUGUUAACGUCACCUCAAGGACAGAAGCAGAACCUCCAUAAAUCCAUGCAAAAAAUUCCACCUAAUGGCUCACAUAAAGAUUUGUGGCUUGCUGUGCGAGAAGGAUCCUUGCCUGAUGUAGAUUCAGCAUUGAUGCUAUUGAAGAAGACUGGAGGUAAUAUCAAUUCAAGGAACAGUUUUGGUCUGACUCCUCUUCAUAUUGCAACUUGGAGAAACCACAUUCCCAUUAUUCGGAGGCUUCUAGCAGCUGGUGCUGAUCCUGAUGCUAGGGAUGGAGAAUCAGGAUGGAGCAGCCUUCACAGGGCUCUGCAUUUUGGUCAUCUUGCUGUAGCAAGUGUUCUCCUUCAGUAUGGUGCUUCUAUUACAUUGGAAGAUUCAAAAUGUAGAACACCUGUAGAUCUCCUAUCUGGGCCUGUGUUGCAGGUUUUUGGAUGUGGGCAAGAUUCAGUAGCUACUGAGGUGUUUAGCUGGGGAAGUGGUGUAAACUAUCAACUAGGAACAGGAAACGCCCACAUACAAAAGUUACCAUGCAAGCUUGAUUCAUUUAGUGGCUCUAUUAUCAAGUUAGUUUCUGCUGCUAAGUUCCACAGUGUAGCUGUUACUGAUAGUGGAAAACUCUACACCUGGGGUUUUGGAAGGGGGGGCCGUCUUGGGCAUCCUGACUUUGACAUCCAUAGUGGUCAAGCUGCAGUUAUCACUCCCCGCCAAGUGACUUCUGGUUUAGGGGCUCGUCGGGUGAAGGCAAUUGCUGCAGCUAAACAUCACACUGUAAUUGCUACCGAGGGUGGGGAAGUGUUCACUUGGGGAUCCAAUAGAGAGGGUCAGUUGGGCUAUACGUCUGUGGAUACCCAACCAACACCACGUAGAGUAAGUUCACUUAGAUCAAGAAUAGUUGCUGUUGCUGCUGCGAAUAAGCAUACUGCUGUUGUCUCUGAGUCUGGUGAAGUUUUCACAUGGGGCUGCAACAGAGAGGGGCAACUUGGUUAUGGAACCUCUAAUUCAGCAUCAAAUUACAUACCAAGAAUAGUUGAGUGCUUGAAAGGCAAGAUCUUUAUAGGUGUUGCGACUGCAAAAUAUCAAACCAUUGUGUUGGGAGCUGAUGGAGAGGUGUAUACUUGGGGUCAUCGACUUGUUACACCUAGGCGAGUUGUCAUUACUAGAAAUAUAAAAAGGACUGGAAGCACCCCUAUGAAAUUCCAUCGAAAGGAGCGACUUCAUGUGGUUGCAAUAGCUGCUGGGAUGGUACAUAGCAUGGCUAUGACUGAAGAUGGAGCAUUAUUCUAUUGGGUUUCCUCAGAUCCUGAUCUUAGAUGCCAACAGCUAUACUCGCUGUGUGGAAAAAAAAUAGUAGGCAUUUCUGCUGGUAAGUACUGGACUGCUGCUGCUACUGCUACAGGUGAUGUUUACAUGUGGAAUGGCAAGAAAGGUGAGGAAAAACCACCGGUUGCAACUCGGUUAUAUGGCGUUAAGAAGGCUACUUCAGUUUCAGUUGGUGAAACUCAUCUUUUGACUAUUGUUUCUCUCUAUCACCCUGUCUAUCCUCCAAAUAUGCCCAGAAGUGAUCAAGCACCAAGGUUGGAAGUCAAUGACGAAGUAGAAGAAUUUGAUGAGGAAUUUAUGUUUACUGAUUCAGAGUCAAGUAGUAUGAGAUCAUCUGUUCAUAAAAAUGUUUCUGAGGAGAAGCCCAUACCAAGCUUAAAGAGUCUUUGUGAGAAAGUGGCUGCAGAGUGUCUAGUGGAGCCACGGAAUGCAAUUCAACUACUUGAAAUUGCAGAUUCGCUUGGAGCUGAUGAUCUAAGGAAGCAUUGCGAGGAUAUUGUUAUUCGAAACUUGGACUAUAUCUUAACAGUCUCAUCACAAGCUUUUGCAAAUGCAUCACCAGAUGUUCUAGCUAAUCUUGAGAACUCCUUAGACUUAAGAUCAUCAGAAUCAUGGAGUUACCGUCGGCUUCCCACUCCUACAGCUACCUUUCCGGUUAUCAUCAAUAGUGAAGAGGAGGAUAGUGAAAGUGAGGUUCCAAGGACCCGUGACAACUGCAAGAACAAAACUCCUUUGGAAAGUGGAGACAGAUUGGACUCCUUUCUGCAACCUAGAGUUGAUCCUAAUCAAGGCAUUUCAAAACAAGUUCGAGCUUUACGGAAGAAGCUGCAGCAGAUUGAGGUGCUUGAAAUGAAGCAGUUGGGUGGAUGCAUACUUGAUGACCAGCAAAUUGCAAAGCUGCAAACAAGAUCUGCUCUUGAAAAUUCUCUUGCUGAGCUUGGUGUACCAGUUGAAAAAUCGCAAUCAAAUGGAUCAUCUUUGAUUUUACCAGAUGGAAAAGGAAAUAAAAAGGCUGAGCUUUCAAGAAAGCAGAGGAAGAAGAGCAAACAGAAGGUAGCUCAAGUUGAGACAGUCUCUGGUUUUAGUACAAGUAGCAUAGAGCCAAACUCUGUGAAGGACUUUUCUGAUAUUGAAAUGCCCCAAGUUUUAAUGAAUAAGGAAGAAGAUGCUAUGUCUGAAGCAACUAUAGCAGACCAAGUCUCCAAAGAGGCUACUUUCUUUGCUCGAAAAGAGGACAGUUCAGUGCCAGCAAAAGAUAAGAGUACUUCACAAAUAGCAACCAAGAAGAAGAAUAGGAAAGGUGGACUUUCUUUGUUUCUGAGUGGUGCCCUUGAUGACACCGCCAAACAUGCUACUCCCUCUCCACCAACACCCCGAAGUGAGGGCCCUGCAUGGGGUGGUGCAAAGGUUUCAAAGGGAUCUGCGUCACUUCGAGAAAUUCAGGAUGAACAGAGCAAAAUACAGGUGACCCAGCUAAGUGGAAGCAAAAAUCAGGUGGAAGAUCUUUUUGAUGGUAGAAGUGAAGGAAAAAUGCUGCUGAGUUCAUUUUUGCCAUCCAAGCCUAUUCCUGUGGUCUCAGUUCAAUCGUCACAGGCAUCUGAUGUAGAAAGAAGCACACCUCCUUGGGCUGCCUCCGGUACUCCUCCUUAUCUUUCUCGGCCAUCUCUCAGGGACAUCCAGAUGCAGCAGCAGGGAAAACAACAGCACAGUCUUUCUCAUAGUCCAAAAACGAAAAUGGCUGGGUUUUCAACAGCUUCUGCUCAAGGUUCACCAUCCGAUUCCCCUGGGAUGAACCGCUGGUUCAAACCAGAGGUUGAAGGACCGUCUUCAAUUCGUUCAAUUCAGAUUGAAGAGAGGGCUAUGAAGGACCUCAAACGCUUCUACAGCAGUGUUAAAGUUGUCAAAAACCAGUCAUAAGAGGAAAGAAGAGGAUAUUUUCUUUUUCAGGUGGCAAAAGGCUUUCUUUUUUUCCCCUUUCUUUGGUUAAAUGUAAAUUCGGCUGUACAGAUGUUCUCCAUGACCAUGUACAUUUAACCUUUUUCUUCUUUUAGGUUAGUUUCAGCAUCACCUUUUUUUUUUCUUAUCAUGGAGUUUCUUUACUUUCUUUCAUUCUUUCGCUGAUCUUACCAUUUAGAAUAAUUUUCAUCUUGAAGAAUUGAAAGUUCUUAUGGAUGUUUAUUGUACAAUCA